AGGGUUAUAACCCUUUCUUACUCUAUCCAAAAUGAAAAAUAAAAGUUUUGCCCAUUCAGUUUCGAAUUCCCGCGCUGGCUAAUACUGCCAUCCAACUUUUAUAAUAGUCCAAGGUGUAUCCUUCUGUAUUUUGUAUUGUUUAACUGUUCUAAAAUUGCAGUUACUAAAUGAAGGCCAUUCAUUUGUCUGGGCACAUUAACAUAAAGACACACCAGUUAAUGAAACCGAUCCAAGCAGGACUAACAAUACCUGGCUGUUAGGGAGUGAAUGAAUGAUGAAAUAAACUUCUGUCAAGUGUCUAUUUCUGGGCACUGUUACAGCUACUUUUUUGUGGAUUCAUUUGAUUGCACGUAGGAGACUUGAAGACCGGUUUUGUAUUUUUUUUAUGAAUGGAUUGUAGGUCACUGGCCACUGCUAAAGGUAUGUGAACACCUGCGGCAGGCUUUGCUUAGGAUGGUUUAUGUAAACUUGGUUACAUCCAUCCAAGAGUUUAUAAUUUUGUAUUUUUUUUUUGUAGUGAACAGUUUUCUCAUUAUGUGUGCAAGGAAACAAACAUUUCCAGAUUUGGGUUUGUUAGUCAUGAGAAAGUUCCUGUUCGUUGGAAUAGUAUUUGCUGCUGUACUUCAUUUCAUGCUUCAUAUAUUUGUUCAAAAGAGAGCCAUCUCCACAUCCAUUGUGCCCCUACAAGAGACUAGCACACCACUCAAAUCAUCGACUGCAGACACAGUGAACUAUGCACUAAGAUUACCAACAGACUCAGUCAAAGAUAUCCAGUCUUGUUACAAUGCAAAAUUUCAUCUCAUUUUGAAUGUGUCUGAUAUUGAGCCUUUUAUGUGUGAAGACUACAAGAAGCAGUCUGCAUUUCUUGGCAGCAACAGGAUAGACCUACCAUACGGAACACGAAGAGGAGAUAGAUAUUUCGAUAUGGCUCUAAAGAAGCUUCCAAAGUGUGACCUUCCGGAUGAAAUCAGAAAUAUUUCCUGCAAGAAAUGUGUUGUGGUUGGGAAUGGUGGAGUGCUUCGAAACAGCACAUUAGGCAAGAAAAUUGAUAGCUAUGAUGUAAUUAUAAGAAUGAAUGAUGGUCCUGUCCUAGGAUAUGAAGAUGAUGUUGGGCAAAGGACUACUUUCCGGCUUUGCUACCCAGAGUCGAUUUUUGCGAAUAGCUUGCACUAUGAUCCAAACUCCACUAUAGUACUCAUGAUGUUCAAACCGCAUGAUGUUAAAUGGCUGUCAGAAUUACUGUUUCACCGAAGAGUGAGCACGUAUGGGUUUUGGAGGAAGCCUGCAAUGAACUUGAUCUAUAAACCUCAUCAGCUGAGAGUCCUCAACCCUUUCAUCCUUCGCCAGGUUUCACAGAAUCUACUGAAUUUUCCCAGUAACUUUCCAAAGACAGAAAAACCAAAACAUCCCACCACUGGAAUUAUUGCCAUCACAUUGGCAUUCCAUAUAUGUAAUGAAGUCCAUAUAGCAGGAUUUAAAUACAACUUGACAUCUUUAAAUAGUUCACUUCACUAUUAUGGAAAUGAAACAAUGUCUGUAAUGGCUCAGAAUGAAUAUCACAACAUCUCAGCAGAACAGAUGUUUCUUAGGGACCUUAUUGAACAGAAAACUGUUACAAACUUGACGUAAACCAUGGAGAAUCCUGGGAGUUUACAGCUGCCAAAAAUAAAUUCCUAUUGUACAGUAUUCAUAAUUUUAUAUAUAAUAUGGAUUUUUUAAAACCAUGGAAGUAUUUUGCCUUUAUUGAAAAGUAUUGUGUUGACCCUGGAGGACCUCUACCCACUGGAUCAUUGGCCAUCACUUGACAAGUCCAAAGAUCACACGUGUGCUUCUGUUGUAAAGAGAAACCCUGGACUGCGUUGGGUGAAUCUUAAGUGGAUGUGGAGUUCUAGCCAUCAGCGUGACAGUUCUUGGGGCCUCUCUGCAAGAUGUUUUGGUUAGACUGAGACUAUGAAGCACAAAGAGAUGCAGUGUGUUAUUAUGUAAAUGUAUAGUGUCCCUUUUUUUGUGCAAUGUGAUCAUUGUUAAUUGUUGUGCUGUUUUGAUCUAAUUAUUUUGAGGCUUUGUAAAGGUCAGUCUAAUCCUAGUCUGAUCCUUUUGUAUUAAAUAGGUAAGUUUUCAAGCUCUUAUAAAUCAUGGAACAAGCCAGGCGGCUAACAGAUCUUCAGCCAAAGCUGCUCACAGCUCACUGUGAGAAUUGAUAAAUUACAUGUGAAGAAUUGUAGGUUUUCUUGUACUUAUGUGCACAGUUUUUUUUUUUUUACCUCUUUGUUUUAUUGCACUUUUUUCUUCUUUGGGUUUAUACAUUUACUUUAGGUUGCAUACUUUAAAGUAUAACUAAAAUAUUUUUUUAAGUUGUAGUAGUUAGGGGUUAGAACUAGUGCCAGGUUUUUAGUGUGGUAGGGGAGCUUCACUCUCUCCAAUUGUCUUGAUCACUAGUCUAACUAAGAAAAUGAAAAUCCAACAUUUUGAAUUGCCUCUAGACCAGUAGAGGGGAAACCUCCCAGUGGAGAUUUCCCCCACAUUGGAAAGAUAUCCUCUUAUUUCCUGUUGCGCCUACAGGAUCUUACCCAUUUUCAUCUAAAAUUAAAGUGUUUUGCUUUUAGGUAUACUUUAAACUACACUCUAGAGUCCUUUUCACCAGAGUUCCUGCCCCACAACCAUCGGGUGGCUGUGGGUGCAUAGUUAAUGGGGAAUUCCAGGUUCAGUAGGGGCAGUUUCCAUGUAAUAACACUGAGGGGGUCCCUUCUGCUUUAGGUCCUGCGAGUUUUCACCGCAGUGUCACCUGCUGGAUCAGUAUGCUAUUGCAGUGCAAACUUACGAGUGGACCUUGCAUCAGAAUUAUUUUUUAAUGUUAAGUGUAUACAAGUAAUAUGUCAAAUGGGUAUUUAUUAAAUUUAAAUCUAAUAACCAAAUUCAAAUAAGUAGUGAAUAUGGUAAGAUCAAAAGAUUAUUGUAUCUCGCUGGAGUGCAUAAUUCACAUUUUCAAUACUUACCUUCACCUACAAUCCAAAUCAGAAGUAAUGGGCAACCAAUGGGAACAGAGCGUAACAAUGAACUCAACUGGAUUGUUUAGAAAUUGGCUUGGUGAACAGUGUAUAGAGAUGCUUGUGAACUACAUGCAGUCAUUGUCUGCCCAUAGUUCUGUUCAUAGGCCUAUUGUUCUUUAUAAUAGAUAUUGGCUCAAAGCGAAGAACACAUAGCCUUCUCAUUUCCAAAAUAUUAAAAACAUAUUUUUUUAAUAAAAUAGGAAUGCACAAACAUAAUGUGACAUUGCAUUUCAAAUCACUUAAAAAAUUCCCUGUAGGACAUGUGUAGUUGGAUUUUAAAGCACUUCUAUUGUUUUGUUAUCAAUAAUAAUGGUAAAGAACAUGCAUUCAUUUUGGUGUUUCCACAAGUUACUUCGGUUUAAAUCAUAUCAUAUAUACAAAACGUCUAUUUCAAGUUAGUCCAAGUCCGGUUCAAACACAAAUGGCUGUGCUAUACGCAGUGCUAGAAACCUGGGGUAGCAAACUUAAUGCAGUAGAAGUGCAAUAUUCGCCAGAUAUGCAUGGCCUGUAGGGAGUGUUUUAAUGUCUGUCGUAUUAUCUUUGUGCAUUAAUAUAUGUUUAUUAUAUUGAUUAUAUAAUUAUAUUUUUGGAAAUUUUUAAACUGAGAUGGCUAUAUUAAAAAACUCUGAUGGACAUCUUUGCAAUGUUCGGUGUCCAAUAUGUAUACAGUAUAAGCACACAGAGGCCACCGAAAAAAAAAGAACCGAGAACCGGUCGGUUUAUAGCUAGCCAUCAUUUUGUAGAAAAAUAAAAACCAGGUCUUGACUUACUAUGUUCUUCAAUUUUGUGGAGCAUUUGUUCUCAAAUUUUCCUAAUCUUUAUAUGGGCCUUGUUUUACCUUCUAAGGCCCCUUACACACAAGGUGGACUCCAUUUGAGUCUGUCUGCUCAGAGGGGAUUCUGUCAGCUGAUCCCCACUGUGCAGCAGAUGGCUGGUCCAUGUCUGUUUAUGCAGAGUGGACACAAGACAGAGCCCUCUUUUUUCUAUGGGAGGUCAGAUGUAAACAAACUGCCUGUCCGUUUAUACCUGACUGCCAUACGAUCCGCCAAAUGGAUGGGGAAUGUAUGUUAUUAGCAGAUUGGAUCGUAUGUUGGUGGCCAUCUCUAUUCCCAUGCUUUUUUUCACAAGAAUUCACACCUUCAGUCAUGUAACCUGGUACCGAGGAAUGAUAUAUUUAGAACAGGGUGGUGUCACAAACUUUCCCCAUCCUGUUCAUGGAUAGCCAACAUCUGCAUUUACUCAUUUUUUGAUGAUUGGAAUAAAGUACCUGGGUUUCCUUUUGUGGCUGUAAGUGUUAAGCGAAAUGUCUCAAGCAUUACAGAAAAAGUUGAAUGUUCGUAACUACUAUUAGAUAUAGCCUAUGAACUGUAAACGGAAUUUGUCUGGUGUAAAUACAUUGUUGUAAACCCAAAAGAAAAGUGCAUGAAACGAUGGCAACCACCUUCACUGAUCAGUUUAUUAUAAACACAGUGCAGCAUUGACUCCUGAUAACAUAUGCUGUUGCACACAUUGGUUAAACACGUCUGUCAUGUGACCAUAAGUUUGUUGCUGCAUAGAAAGCUCCAUUCAGUACUACAGUUUACUUGUUAGUUUGCCUGUUCAUUCCCCUCUGCUUUGUUGUCGUCUUCUGAUAUAUGGUUACAAUGUAAAUGUGGGCGCUUCAUUCUUCACCCCACAUUGAAAUACUCAGUGCCAGAACAUCCAGUUGCCAGGCCCAGCUCCUGCCAAAUUUGGGGAAUGACUAGUGCUAUGCAAAUACCAGCUUUUAGAAGGUGGGCACUUCCACUGAGCUUUCGGGGGCCAUAGCUGAGGAGGGAAGGUUAACUAGAGAAAAAGUGUGGCAUUGGAUGGUGCCCCAUAUGCAGCUAGAAGCUUGUGUUGUAUGUCCUAUUCACUUGCAAAGUGUGAUUUAAAAAUAAAAUUAUUUCCUAAGUAUUUGGUCAGACUCCAACUAACAAAUGCUAGAUAACAGCAGGACAGGGGUGCCCAAGGCAAAGCAACAUGUCUUCUAGUCUGGUCUGAUCACAUUGUACCAGUUUAUUUAUUUUUUUGCAAGCUGCUCUAGGGACAGUUUAGCUCAUCAAAAUCUGACAGUUUUAGUGAACAUGUUUUAUCAGCUGAGCCAGUGGCUUAUUUAAUUUAUUGUUAAUAGAGAAGUUCACCUUUAAUAAUAAUAAAUGCACAUCUUUUUUCAGAUAAAAAAAAAUUGCAUUUUAUAAUUUAUUUUUACUUGGAGCCUUUACAGCAUCUGCUGAUGGCUGGUGCCAUGCAGGACUCCUGCAGACUUGUCUGUGUGUCUGUCGGCUUGUACCUCAUACAGGUAGACUGACCAGAAGAGACCAUGAACUACUCAACGGCGCUAUGGUAGUUCAUUGAGAACUACAAGCCGACAGCUGCAAAGGUUAUUUUCACUUGUAGUUUCCCAUUCACAGAGCACUGUGAAUGAAUUAUUUUCAAACGGCGACAGUGGGCGUCUGGAGAAUAUACCAGCUCGUUCUCACUGGGGAGAGGCUUCAGUUGCUGGAACAUGUUGCAUGUUCCACCCUAAAUAUAGGUGGAACAUGUUCCAAAAGGUGAACUUAUCCAUUCACACCAACUGCGUUUAGCUGCAUUGCUGAGCACAGGCCCAAUACAAUAACAAGCCAAAAUCCAUUGUUCCCAGUAUGUAUUGUGUGCUUGGGAAAUGGAACAUUCUGCAAUAAAUCACAGUACAUCAUGUUACAAUGCAGUGCACUGCAGAACAUGCCAGGGAAGAAAAGAUAAUGAAUUUUGGCUAUUGCUGUGAACAACAAAAAAAAAAAAAAACUCUCAUAGAUGAUCAGUGUGUUAAAAACACCACAUGGACA